UGGCAAAUGUAAGGAAUCUUCUUUUGAUAUUUUCAGACCAGACAAAAUGGCGAUGUCUGCAGAUCUACAGUGGUUAAUCAUCAGAAACAAUUCCAGUUACUUGCUGAAAGGCAGCAGACAGACUUUCAGUACUGAACCCAAUAAUCUAAAAGCAAAGAACUGCUUUCGUUAUAAUGGUUUAGUUAACCGAAAAACUGUUGGGGUUGAGCCUUCCAAAGAUGGUAAAGGUGUGGUCAUGGUUACCAAAAAUAGCAGAGGGCACAGGAAACCAGCAAAAUCCUACACUAGAGUAGAACUGAAGAAAGGUGCCAGGAGAACAAUGGCCUCCAUUAGAACACUUAUUAGGAAUAAAAGAUAUAGAAAAGAUCUUAAAAUGGCUGCAGUCAGACGAGCAAGUGCCAUUAUAAGAAGUCAGAGACCUGUCACAGUUAGAAAAGCUGGUAGCCAAAAGAAAACAGGCGCUAAGAAAUGAACUCUUUGAUGAGAAAAUAAAAAAAAACAGUCUCAAA